GUCUAUCUGGUCAAGUUGACGUCUAACUGACGAUCGGGUAUAGCUAUGGGUAGCUAGAAUACUACCUACCUGACUGCCACCACACUCGGACCGACUUUCCUAUCCCGGCGAGCUCAACAAUAACCAUGUCUUUUGAUGUUACCAGAGCUUUAGCUGCCCUGGCUUUGCCUGGAUCAAUCAGCUACAUAUAUCCUACCGGCACGCACAUUUGGUAGAUCAUGCCAGCCGAUGACGGAGACAUGACGCCCAACAACUGGGGAAGUCGACGGUGUAGACAUGGAGCCGACCGCCGAAGCCGCAUGCCAGGCUUGGCUCCAACCAAUUAACCCGUCAUGGCGAAAUGGUGAUGAUCAUGAUCCUGUAAUUGAAUCUGACUUUUUGCGGUAAGUAAAUCUAUACAACCAGGAAUCACAAUGACCCGCACCAUAUUGCUUCAAUCAACGGAGCCUCAUCGGCAAAUCCGGCAUCUGGCAUAGUUUGUCAUGAUUUGGAAACCCAGAGAAGUCGGGGUAGGAACACAAAAGGUAUAAAGCAUGCAUCUCUGCUCGUUUAUCCAGAAAACCAAGCAAGCCUCAGCAGUCCAGUUCGAAGCAUAUCCAUCGGACCCUAAGAGACCUCGACAAGGGACCGAAUAAAUAAUGGCUCCCAGAAGCACACUUCACUAUGCCGGGCUUCUCGCCUUGGCUUCCGGCUCUUUGGCCAUGCCUUAUGUUUCCGAGGCUCAGACGACCGUUGUCUCGGAGGCGGCCAUAACCCCACCCGUGGUGCCUCACACCAACGUGACCGGCCAUGGCCCCUACACCGGCCCUUCACCGACCACAACCGGCGCCAUCUCGACAAGCAUCUUGGCAUCAGCGGUCCCAGUCUUACCUCCCCCGGAGGAUGCCUAUGACUACCCGGCCGACGGAGAGCUCCACGGCGACCAGCCCGCGCCAUACACCCCAUCGGGUGGCAUCUGGACCAACGGCAGUGCCCCCGUCUACCGCGUCAUGAGCGACUUUGACUACCAGUCUCUGGCGCUGGCGCUGUACCAGGAGUGGAUCGAGCUCGACCUCUUCCACUGGGGUCUGGCGACUUACUCGGACGAGGAGUUUGAGGAGCUCGGCCUGAACGGCGAGGCCCGCCACCUGAUCCAGCACAUGGCCGAGCAGGAGGUCGGCCACGCCACCGUCCUCACCAACAUGCUCGGUGCCCAGGCCCCGCGCCAGUGCACCUACAACUACCCCGUGUCCAACCUCCGCGAGUACAUCGACUUCAACCAGAAGCUGACCCGCUGGGGCGAGGCGGGAGUCUACGGCUUCCUGCCGCAUCUCAACUCGGGGCCGGCCGCCCAGCUCCUGCUGCAGAGCAUCACGGUCGAGGCGCGUCAGCAGAUGGUCUUUAGGCAGUUCGAGGGCCUCUUCCCCAUGCCCGAGUGGCACACGGUCGGCAUCCCGCAGUCCUGGGCCUGGACGCUGCUGGCCCCUUAUAUCGCGAGCUGCCCGUGGAACCAGACCCGGCUGAUCUGGCAAAACUUCCCCGCCCUGCACGUGCUGAACCAGCCGAACCCGUGGCGCAUCGACGGCUCCAACGUCUGGAACGAGACGACAGGCGGCUGGGCCAACACGGCCGAGACGGCCAACAUCACCGAGGAGGCGUCGUGCGUCAACGCGACCGACCCCCUGCAGGACUGCAACGCCGCCAUCUCGCAGAACCGGUCCAUCCCGCUGUCGUACGCGGGCCGACAGGUGUUUUUGCAGUGGGACGCCCCCGGCCAGCCGGUCGGGCCCAACAACAGCUACAUCACGGCCACCGAGAUCCACGAGCCCAAGUUCGCCGCCUGGGUGUCGCAGCUCAACGUGACGUACUCGCCGCUGCUCAACGUCAGCCUCGAGGACCGCACCGCCUACACCAUACAGCCAAACGUGUCGACCUGGGAGGGCGACCCGGCCGUCAACUCGACCAUGUUCAUCGCGCUGACCGACGCCGACGUCUACGUCACGCCGGCCAACCUGACCAUGCUGAACCCGCACGUCGCUGCUUUGGCUGUGUACCAGGCUGGCUGAGGGGUUGUGUUUUUGAUACCCAUUUGUUUUGCCCCGUUGGUGUGUUGUGGCAGAUGUGUACCUUUUUUUGUAUGUUGAGAAGUGGUUUGAGUAGUCUUGUUGAGGAUGGUUGGGGAUGUGUGAAUAGUUUGUCUUAAUUAUAAUUCUCGGGGAAGUUUUUAACGAACAAGAUUUCACAGAAAUUAUGCAACUCGAGGUGUUUUUGUGUAAUUGUGUUACCUCGUUGAACUGUUGCAAG